AUGCGUCCGAACGGUCUCGAUCAAGCUGGAUGUGGAGGAGAACUGGAAGAAAAGAUAGGAAACGAGAACAGCAGCGUCAAGAGGAAUGAUAAGAAGCUGACGGCUCGACUGGAUCCUAAAGCUGGACACUGGUCUUCAAUCUGGUGGAAGAAUAGAGGGGUUUCUCCCAAACUAGCAUCGCAGUCUACUGCACCGAAGGCACCUUUAAACGGACAUACCAUCCGCGAUAUCAACGGAAAGCUAUGCGGAAUUGACCUACAUGGAGAUCUGGAUGUCCCACCGUUGAACAAGGAUACCCGUCGUACUAUGUGUAUAAAACCGGCUGGUAUCUCUCCAACAGCAUCCAAAGUUCGUCCGCUGUCUCUUGAACACUCCUUAUCGACCGCCUCACUGGAAUUGCUCGCGACUGAAAAGCUAGCUACGCCAUGCUCCCUAGGUUCCAGACGGACUAUCAGUCCACUGCCAACUAGAUUACGCCAAUCCUCGUCCGCCUUUUCGGAUAAAUCGUCUGUCUACUCAGUUAGCACUGUCCAUGAAGCCAAGGAGCCAAUUUCCUACAAUCAGAAACGAUCCAUUCCUCACCUCAGAAUAAACACCGGUAUAUGCACACUCUAUCCUUCAGACAAAGAAUAUCUAGAGACCUCCAAUGAGUACCCUCAAACCCCUACAGCAGAUUCUCGCUUUGCAUGGGAUAAAGAAACCAUAUCUUAUCGGGGUAUCAUCUGUGGCAUCGAUCGGUAUGGUAAUAGUAUUUAUAGAGAUGCCUUGUUAGGAGAACUUGACUAUGAGUCGGGCGAUUCUUCGGAAACGACAAAAAGGGAUUCGGUGUCUACUAAAGCGACUUUACAAACUUUAGCGAACACAAAUCCUUCGACGCCCAGUAGCUACCGCAGUAGCUGCAUUGAGGUAAAGCCCUUGCUGAAAUCACCAGAACCACUAUCAGGGUUACCACGACCUCCAACUAUGCUUGAAAUGAGGAAUGAGUUUUUAAGAGGCUUGCCAGAUGACGACGAUGAACUCUCUACAAUUGCUUCUUUAAGAACCCGUCAGCUAGAAGAAGAUAUCAUGUCCUGCCUUGAAGGCGAAUCCAGAUAUCCAUAUUCAACCAGAAGAAAUUCCACUCGUCGGAUUAGAUACGACGGCGAGAAUGGGGAGGGCUUGAACCGUAUAGAAGAUAAUUCGAACUAUAAUAGCGAAGAAGAAUCCGCUAAUAACGGUAUGAUCGAGUCAUGGCGCUCCAGUGUCUCCCAUUCGAAUGCUCAAUCUCAAGUUGCAAUCACGAAUCCAUCCGAGUCUCCUACUUUACAGAUUCUUGGUUACGGUCGUCGGAGAUCGUCAGAUGAUGGUACUAGCAACAUUGGAAGUAGCCUGAUUGGAGCUUUGGAACCACAGCAUACGGGGCUAAAAAGACUAUCCAUUUCCCGACGACGAUAUGACCGGAGAGCAGGAUAUGAGGCUAGCGAAGCUGGAGGACCGUCCGUUAAAAACGAAAGGGACGAACAAGAAAUCAGAAGUUUGAAGGCUGAAGUCGAAGCAGCCCGCUCAAAAACUCUAUCCUUCCAAACCAUCCUCCAAAGAACUUCCCAACGCUUUGUAGACUCUCAAAACCAAAAUGAGGAGUUACAACGACAAAUCGCAGACCUAAGGGACCACCAAAAACUUCUCUAUGAUGCCUUGACGGCGUCUAACGAGCACCGUGAAAGCUUGCCCUCCGGGGAUCCGGAGGAUAGCCACAAUGGCGAAGUACCCGAAGGCGUUACGGAAAUGACAUACAAAGAUGAUAUUAAUGAUAUCAUAGAGGAGAAUACCCGGCUCAAAGUGCAGGUUAAGUCUCUGGCACGAGAGCUGGCUGGAAGGGAGGAGGAAGUUCGACUUUUGAUCGAAGAAAUGGGGAAAGAGAGAGGUAUAUAUCGUGCAUCUGAGAGAGCGAAUGCUGAGAAUAGGAAGGACGAAAGAAGGAAUCAGCAGGCAAUGGCGGAUAAGUCCGCGAGUAGGAUGGCUGAGAAGCUGAAAUGGUGGAGGAGGUUUCUCUUGGGUUAG